GUAUCUUUUUGCGAUGGAGCCUUACCAUUGGCUAUCAUAAAGGCGAUCAACGUCCCACGCAAGUUAGUAUAGAUGGUAAUAAUUAUACUGGAGCCUAAAGCAAGCUUAUUUCUUAUUAAUAUUAACCAACUCCUCGCAACAACAUCGCUCUUUUUGGCAUCGUCACCGUCGUUAUGGUCAAUCGCGGACGCUCCGGAGGCUGCGCUACGUGCAAGCAGCGACGCGUCAAAUGCGAUGAAGCGAAACCCGAAUGCCUGCUGUGUCGGCGCCUCGGGAUCCGUUGCGAAGGCUACCAGACGAACUCGACCAGGCGAAAGCUCAAGUUCAAAGACGAGAACCACAAAUUCCGCAUCAAAGCUGCCCAGAUUCAGGACCGGGCGGCCGUGCCUCGUCCGCUGGCCGAGCCCGACACCGCCGUGCCGUUCUACCUUUGGCAUUACGCCAACAUGGGCCGCGACUUUGGAUCCGCGCGCGGGUUCUUUGAGAUACUAAUUCCAGUAUACUGCUCGCAGAAGCAGGACUCGGUGCUCUCGCUCGCGGUAUCGGCCAUGGCUUCCAGAAUACUUGCCCUGUGGCGGCACGACACCCGCAACUUCCUAUGGCCGGAGAAGGCCUAUGCCCAAGCGGUCGCGUGUCUUCGGAGGGCAGUACAGGAUCAAUCAGAACGGAGUAAGCCAGCAACAAUAUUGGCUGUGUUGAUGCUGCAGCUAUAUGAUGACAUCGCCGCCGUAUACGGCGUCCACUCGGCCACUCGCGUACACCACAACGGUGCAGUAUCUUUGCUCCCAUUUGCGAAUUCGAACGAUAUUAAUGGGAUGAUCGGAGCAUAUAUUCGAAGAUUCAUGAUUCAUACCGAAAUAUCAUCAGCGAUGCGCCAGAAACGGCCACUGCAGAGCAUUGAAUACUCAUGGAUUGGGAGCAAACAUCUGAUGGCUGCGCCAGACAACCCAAGCUCGGCACUCGAUGCUAUAGGGGCGUCCGUCGCCGAGCUUCAGGCAAGCUAUAUGCGGCUGGAAAUACAGAAGCGUUCCAUGCCUUUGUCACAGCUAGCUCGGAGAGAGUGGAGGGCCGAGGCAAAGCGCAUUGAUGAACAGCUUCUGGCUUGGGCACAGAGUGUACCAGAUCAUUGGCGUCCACUGAAGCUCAUAAGUGGACGAGACAUUGACCCGUCGAUCCCCACCUAUCGAUCUGUCUGCGAGGUUUAUCCUUCUUGCACGAUUGCAAACAUAUGGAACCUAUGGCGCUUUCAGCGCCUUUUACUCGCCAAGAUUACCUUCGGCCUUGGCAACCGAACCAGAUUAUGCAGCAUUGCUGACUUUGACGACCCGACGAUUUUGCUUCCCAGCUGCGAUUCCCUACUGCCCGGCGAUGAGGGGCCGGUGAACAAGCAAACGCACGACCCCAGGAUGUCAAAAGACGAGCACAGGCGUCAUAUCAUCGCCCAAGGGCCGUGGCACGCCAUGAGCCCGCUGAGCCGCUUAUUGACCCUCUCGUCAGAAGACCAGGGCCAGCUGAUAACGAGCUUACUCAGACCUGGGCAGUACGAGUGGAUCCGCGAACAGUUCCUGCGCGUCACGAUCUUGCUGCAUAUUCCACUAACAGAGGCUAGCGGUCGCAACGAGGGGUGUCGUGUUCUAGAUUCAGUGACUCAAGGUUCUAAUAUGUAUACUAAGGCUGAGUUUCUCGCGAGAGAGGUCAGAAAAGGCGCCAUCUUUAUGAGUGGACCAUAAGGCUUGGU